GUGGCCCAUGCUCUGCCCCUACUCGCGGCCGAAUUGGACUUCCAAUCCGACAAAAACAUCACCGAAACGGAAAAGCUCGCAGAGAUGAAGGCGGAUGGCACAGUGACGAAGCGCAUCUACGAGUACCUAUCGCUCAGCAGAAGACCGCUCACUCAUUACGACACCACAAUCUUCAAAAUCAUGGCCGCCCGGGAUUGUAUACUAACUUAUGACCACGUUUUUGACCGGUACGCUGCGAAGCUCAUGUUCUCUCAGAGUGCUCAGCUGGUUAGAGCCAUGAUAAAGGAAAACCAUACUGUGAUCGAGAAGUGGCCGUUCAGAUUGAAGCUGCGGCCCCGACAGACUGGCGCCCAGGAGGAGUUUGACCGCCUCCUAGGAGGAGGAGUUUUAAGUAAGGAGCGUUACGUGGAAUGGAAGAGGAUUGAAGCAUUAGGAUGA